GAUUACGCAAUGUCUGAAGUUGAGGUCACAUAUGCCGACUUCAUUGCCUCUGGCAGGACAGGACGAAGGAAUGCCCUCCAUGACAUCCUGCGGAGUCCUACAGACCUUGAAGGCCGAGAACUCCCUCUUUCUUUGUCUCUAUCCCAGCUUCACAUUAAUGCAGGAGGUGGAGAUGCAAAUGACACUGAUGACACCCAAAGCUCGUCCUCCUCGGCUCAAAGAGAAGUGGCACAGAAGAACAGCUAA